GUUUUGACAUUUGGUGUUAGGUUAGUGAACAACCAUAAUCAAUACACCGGAGUAAAAUAUACCAAAAUCUCAUUUAACCAUUGCAAUUUGUAAAAAAUGAAUAUAACCAACCGUGUAUUGGCCCCCAGUUGGAGGAAAGGAAACAGUUUUAUUAGAAUCGUCACAUUUUCAACAAAACCUCAGGCAAAUGAAUUACCAGCCUUCCAUCAAAAACCAAACCAAUCAAGUUCCACAGCAUCUACUGAAGGACGCAAAUCAGUGAUUCCACAGAAUUAUCGUUUUAUUUAUCCUGAAUUUUUACCGGAUCCAAAAGUGGAAUGGCGUAAUCCAGUGCGCGAGAAGCUGGAACGCAUGGACAUGCUAGAUCGUCGAAAUAAAAUUGACAUUCCAGAAUUCUAUGUAGGCUCAAUACUAGCGGUAACAAGCUCCGAUCCACACGCAACUGGGAAAAUCAGUCGUUUCGUUGGUAUAUGUAUUCAUCGCGAUCGUUGCGGUCUUAGAGCUCGUUUCAUAUUGCGCAACGUAAUCGAUCAUCAGGGUGUCGAAGUGCGCUACGAAUUGUACGAUCCCACUAUUCAUAAAAUUGAAGUACUUCGUCUGGAAAAGCGUUUGGAUGACCAUCUGCUGUAUUUGCGUGACGCAUUGCCUGAAUAUAGCACUGUUGAUUUAAAUAUGGAACCUGAGCAUUUGGAUGAUAAUGCUGAAGUGCCAAUAAAUGACGUUAAAGUAGUAUUGCGUCCACGACCAUGGUUGGAGCGGUGGGAACGACAGAACCUACAGGGAGUAGCCAAUGUGGAACAAUACAUCACUGAUAAACAACGUCGGCAGGCAUUGGCACAUGAAAAACCAUGGGAGAAAUACGACAUGAUGAAACAGUAUCGCGCUACUAUUCCCGAAGACGAACAAAAAGAAAUAUUUGCGGAAGUACACUCACAAUUGCAUAGUCUGGAAUUACAACGAAAACGUAACAAACGCAAACGUUCUUUUGUUAAACCCACCAAAUUGGCGUAGGUCUGCGGAAAAUUGUUAUAAUUAUUUGUUUUUCUUUCGUAAUAUUUACUAAACAUGUACUUUAUGUAAUUUAAAACAUACAUACUAAAGUUGGAAUACAGUUUUGUAAAUAAAAACCUGCUUGCGUUUAUAUCCGAAAAAUAUCAAA